AUGAGUCUCGAUGCUCUGGUUGUACAGACACUCACUGCCUUCGGGAUCAGUCUGGCCGAGUUGGCUGACCUCCACUUCGACACGGUGCACAGAUGGCUACCCGUGGUCGACAAGAAUUCCUUCCAUGAUACUCACAAGCAGCUUCGAGAAGAUCAUGGCUCUGCUCUCGAUGAAGAGCUGGCAGUCCUGACCCUCUCAAUGUUUCUGGCAAGCCGAGUUCCUUGCGUAAAGCGCGAAUACCCCGUCGAAAAGAGUCCCAUCUAUCGCGUCACGAAAAGGCUAUCCCUCAUCUCGCUAUCUGAGCAACCAUCCCUACUUCUACUCCAAGCCGGUAUCUUGGUCACGGCAUAUGAAUUAGGGCACGGUCUCACCAGACAGGCGUAUCUCAGUCUUGCUACCUGCUUCUCGGUGGCCAAGCUGAUGGGGUUGGCCUAUGCUGGCAGUGUUCUCUCCCAAGGUGAUGGAGAAGGCCAACUAGCGGUCUCAGCUUGUGCUGGGGCGCCAUCACACUUCUCGAUCGGUAAAGGUCACCGGACCGCGAUAAUUCACAUCUCAGAUGCUGAUAAUAACGCCUUAUGCAGUAUGAUCGCACUCUGUGCUAUCGAUUGGCAAGCACCUCUUCUCAUCCCGCCGCCCGACGAGCCGUACGUCGCUGCCUCUCUGAGAAACGUGACUGCUUUCUUGAAGGGAGCCAGCUUCCUCGUGGGACCUUUUAGAGCUUUCCAAGUAACUGUUGAGACCGCAUUCCUGAUCGGCAGCGCGUUGACUUAUGUGCACCGCCGUUCUACAACGUCUGUACAGCAAUGUGCCACUUUGGAUUCACACAUGCAGCAACUGGUUCAAUCCCUCCUACAUACAUCACAGAGGAAAUACCUACGUAUAUGCGAGGCUGCUGCGCUGGCCAUUAGUGCGCUCGCCGCCCUCCGGUCAACACAUUCAGAGGGGAACGCCCACGAUCUGGACUCGGCAUCAGCCUUAGCCCUGCGGUCGAUCUCGAACAUGGUUCUGGACAUGGCCCGCAUUGCCCUUGAAUCAUGCGAUGCCCAUGAUUCACGACAGCAUUCGUUCAUAGCGUUUUGUACCGAGUCCCGUGCCACACUCUAUGUCGUUGAACACUUGGGACGUGGACUGUCGGAGCAGGAGGUGGACGUCUUGAGGUCGAGCACAUUGCGCUUUGGUAGACGGUGGGCUAUUGGAUGUAUCUACCCCAGUCACCUGGAGUCACUACUUCGCUAG